GUAGUUGACGUGUAAUAAUUCAUAGCCAAUAGGUGAAAAGAACGUGGGUAAUAAAUUCAUUUAUUCUCAAUCUGCUGAUACCCAUUAUCAUAUCGUUAAACAUUUUAGUUACCUAUUUAACAUAAUGCAUAUCUUUAAUAUUUUUAUACGAAUGUGUAAACGUAGUAGCCGGCGAAACUGAUGCCUCCGGCUCAAUUCACAUUGCCUACCUUCAGUCUAGAGCUCGGCUGUCUCGAUUUAAACAACAGCUGAAAACGCUUUAAACUUAACAGUUGUUUACCACCAAUACUUAGUAAACGAAACGUUUUAUGAUAAAAUUUAUCGACCGAAAAACUAAAAAACAGUGAAAAUACAUCCUAACCUUAUUGUGGGCAAAUGAGGACAGAAUAAGUACCUACCAUGACGAAAGGUAUACUCAGUCUGCAUUAUUCUAGAAAACAAGUCAACAAUGUUACCUAUAUCCUAACAAAAUGGCAGAAGUUUCCAAGAUCUAAAAUAUACAUACACCGUGCAGAAAAUACUACAACCCGUUAUUUUUCCACGGGAAAUAAAUUGAAGAAAGAAACUGCUGAAGUAUCAGGUAUACCUUACAAUAAAAUCACCAUUGGUGUCCCAAAGGAAAUUUGGCAGAAUGAAAAACGAGUAUCAGUAACUCCAGCUGUUACCGCGACUUUAGUGAAGAAAGGUUUCAAUAUAAACGUCGAAGAAGAUGCUGGGCUUUCUUCAAAAUUUAGAAAUACAGAUUAUGAAAGUGCAGGUGCCGCUAUAGUCGAUAAACAAAAAGCGUUUUCCACAGAUAUAAUAUUGAAAGUCAGGCAGCCACUCCAAAAAGAAGUUGAAAAAUUUCAAGAAAACUCUACUCUAAUUUCCUUCCUUUAUCCUGGUUUGAACAAAGAUUUAAUUCAACAACUUGCACAAAGAAAAAUUAAUGCUUUCGCAAUGGAUUGCAUUCCUAGGAUAACCAGAGCACAAGUUUUUGAUGCUUUAAGUUCUAUGGCGAAUAUUUCAGGCUACAGAGCAGUUGUAGAAGCUGCCAAUCAUUUUCCUAGAUUUUUCUCAGGUCAAAUAACGGCUGCUGGUAAAGUCCCUCCUGCUAAAAUUCUAGUCAUCGGAGGAGGCGUAGCUGGCUUAGCAGCCAUAGGACAAGCAAAAAGUAUGGGUGCCAUAGUUAGAGCUUUUGAUACAAGAGCUGCGGUAAAAGAACAAGUUGAAUCGUUAGGUGCCGAAUUUUUGACAGUGAAUAUACAGGAGGAAGGUGGCACAGCUGGUGGUUACAGUAAAGAAAUGUCUCAAGAGUUUAUAGACGCUGAACAUGCUUUAUUCGCCAAACAAUGUAAAGAAGUAGACAUUAUAAUAUCUACUGCUUUGAUACCUGGUAAAAAGGCACCUCUGCUGGUACUCAAGGAACAUAUAGAAUCUAUGAAACCUGGAAGUGUAGUAGUAGAUUUAGCUGCAGAAUCAGGUGGUAAUAUCGAAACAACAAAACCUGGAGAAAUAUACACAUACAACGACGUCGUACACGUUGGAAUAACUGACUUUCCCAGUAUGCUUCCCACGCAAAGUUCGACACUUUAUGCCAAUAAUAUUUCUAAGUUUUUACUGUCGAUGGGUGAACAAAAUCAUUUUAAUAUAAACCUGGAUGAUGAAGUUGUUAGAGGAAGCAUAAUUUUGAAUAAAGGACAACUAAUGUGGCCUCCUCCACCACCAAAAACGAAUCUGUCAGCUGUUACUCCAGCUAAAAAAGAAUCUGAAGUCCUUCAAGCCGUACCCAAGGAAAUUUCUCCAUUUAGAAAUGAUUUAAAUAAAUCUUUGCUUCUAACAACAGGAAUUGGAUCACUCUUGGGAUUAGGAAUGGCUUCACCUAAUCCAGAAUUUACAUCAAUGUUGACAGUAUUGGGUCUGUCAGGUAUCGUGGGCUAUCAUACAGUGUGGGGAGUUACACCUGCCCUUCACUCUCCAUUGAUGUCUGUUACGAACGCCAUUUCUGGUAUAACAGCAGUUGGAGGAUUACUCUUGAUGAAUGGAGGAUUGUAUCCUACUAAUUCUGUAGAGACCCUAGCAGCUGCAGCAGCAUUUGUAUCAUUCAUUAAUGUAUUUGGUGGAUUCUUAGUCACUAAAAGAAUGUUAGACAUGUUUAAAAGGCCUGGAGAUCCGAAGGAAUAUAACUCUUUAUAUGCAAUUCCGGCGGUUGGAUUUAUGGGAGCGUAUGGCUGGGCGACAAUGAAUGGUUUAGCUGAAGUUCAUCAAGCUGCUUAUCUCGCGGCUUCCUUAUGUUGUGUAGGCGCCUUAGCCGGACUAAGUUCGCAAACAACAUCAAGGUUAGGAAAUAAUUUAGGAAUAAUAGGAGUUGCUGGUGGAAUAGCAGCUACUUUAGGACAAAUAGCCCCGAACCACGAGGUAUUAGCUCAAAUGGCCGCCUGCGUUUUAGCUGGUGGUGGUAUUGGUACCUUAAUAGCCAAAAGAAUUCAAAUCACUGACUUACCUCAACUUGUAGCCGGAUUUCAUAGUUUGGUAGGGCUGGCUGCAGUGUUAACAUGUGUAGCUACUUUUCUUCAUGAUUUUCCCACUUUUGCAACCGAUCCAGCAGCUAACGUCGUUAAAACAGCCUUAUUUUUAGGUACAUACAUUGGAGGUGUGACUUUCAGUGGAUCACUUGUAGCUUAUGGGAAACUCCAAGGUCUCUUAAAAUCUAAUCCAUUGCUUCUCCCUGGUAGGCAUGCAUUGAACAGUAGUCUCUUGUUGGCCAAUAUUGCCGCUGGUGGAUACUUAUUUUAUGAUCCUUCGUUGGCAGGCGGUUUGGGAGCUCUAGGAACUACUGCUGCUCUUUCUUCAGCCAUGGGGCUCACAUUAACGUGUGCAAUUGGAGGUGCUGAUAUGCCUGUAGUUAUCACAGUAUUAAAUAGCUACUCAGGAUGGGCACUAUGUGCUGAAGGAUUUAUGCUUAACAAUAAUUUAAUGACGAUUGUAGGGGCUCUGAUUGGAUCGUCUGGUGCAAUUUUAUCAUACAUUAUGUGUAAAGCAAUGAAUAGGUCACUUCCCAAUGUAAUCCUCGGUGGUUAUGGAACGUCAAGUACAGGUACUGGUAAACCAAUGGAAAUUACCGGAACACAUACAGAAAUCAAUAUAGAUGGUGCUGUUGAAGCUAUUAAGAAUGCUAGAAAUAUAAUAAUCGUUCCUGGUUAUGGACUUUGUGUUGCUAAAGCCCAAUAUCCCAUCGCUGAGAUGGUUGCUAAGCUUAAAGCUGCUGGAAAAAAUGUUAGAUUUGCCAUCCAUCCAGUGGCAGGAAGGAUGCCUGGUCAACUAAAUGUUCUCCUAGCUGAAGCAGGGGUACCAUACGAUGACGUAUUAGAAAUGGAAGAAAUCAACGAUGAUUUUCCUGAAACUGACUUAGUAUUAGUCAUUGGUGCUAAUGAUACAGUAAACAGCGCAGCUUUAGAAGACCCCAACUCACCAAUUGCCGGUAUGCCUGUACUUAAUGUAUGGAAAUCAGAACAAGUCAUUGUUAUGAAAAGAUCAUUAGGUGUAGGUUAUGCAGCUGUGGAUAAUCCAGUUUUUUACAAACCUAAUACAGCUAUGUUGCUCGGAGAUGCUAAGAAAACUUGUGAUCAGUUAUUAGCCAAAGUUUCAGCAGAUUAGUUUAAAUUUUUUUUAAUUAAGUUUCAAUUUUUGUAAAUAUAUAUUUUUUUAAAAAUAUUCGCGAAGGAAAACAUUUUUAUAACAUAGUAUUGAGAAUUGAAAGGAAAACGGUUAUUGUUAUGUAUCUUCAUGCUAACCAAUGUUGGUUGGCCAUAUUGUUUGUAUUAAAACUACUUUGGAACACACUAUUUAUUAAACAAUAAAAUAAUUAGUUAAACUUGGUUUCAGUAAUCCGACGGCCAUACUCGACGAAUGCCAGACUGUAUCUGUUUACAGACAGCUUUUAAAUACUAAAAUCCUAUUGUACAAAAGACUAUAAAUAAUUUAUGUAUAUGUAUGGUCGUUAGGGUCACAUCGAUAUAAAAUAAAGUAUGUAAUUUGAUACGUUAAUAGAACUUCAAGUGUCUAAAGAACACUUGGGGUGAAUUAACUAUGAUGUGGGUCCCCAUUAGGAUCUUGAUGAAUAGGUAGCUAAAUUUAUGAUUCUUCACAGUCACAUUUAUAUAAGAUAAAUAUUUAGUAAUCCGAAACGAUACAUUAAUGGAGGGUAAAAUAAGGAACCCUUUGUAUUACCCAACCGGAUGAUUAAUAGAUCCUAAUGGUUUACACACAAGAGGUUGUAUCUCUGUCUGGGUUACAUUCGUGCAAUGGUUUUAAAUUUAAAUAAGAAAUUAUUAUGUCAAAAUAGUUAUCAUAAUUUCUUUUAAUAAGUUACUUUAUUUGAGGAGAUGAUAUGCAGAAAAAGUUUUUCUACAGAAAGACCAUUUCGUGCCAUUCUUUUUGACUUUUUCACCAAAUCUUUGGAUCGAAAGGAUUUUGCUAAAGGCUUUGUCGCUAAUUAGUUUUAUAUUUAAUUUUGUUGUUCCAAUCAAUUUCUGGUAAAUAUCAUUUCGCUAAGCUAAGAUGGAAACAUGUUGCUGAUAUAAUAAUAUAAAAUCUUUUUAUGCUAAAAAUUACUGCUGUUUAGUUUGUUAAUUUUUGUCUUUGAGACCAUUUGGACUGUUAAUAAUGUAAUUUACUAUUAUAACACAAAAAAUGAAACAAAAUAUAAACAAGAAUAUCGAAGUUUGCCAGCUUGAUAGAUAUUAUUAAUUUUUUGUAUAAAAAAUAUGAUUCAGUUUUAGGAUAUCAUUCUUAAAACAACAUAACUGAUUUCUUGUUUCUAUUUGAUUUCUGGUUCUGUAAGGACAAUUAUAAUAACUUGAUCCAGGCAUUUUUGGAACCUUUGAAACAAGCGUAAUUCAACUUCGAGAAAUGGGUUGAAAAAUAAUUUCUUUGAUUACUUGAAUUAGUAACAACUCUUCAGAAAAAUUGAUGUUUUUUAGACCUGUAAUUAGAUUGAUGUACAUUAUUAAUUGUAGGGAAAAGAUCUGAGAGUAAAUUAUACUGCGAGAAAGCACCUUUAAACUCCGAAAACUUCUUUUGCAUAUCACCUUCUCAUUUUUAAUUGCUCUAAUGUGUUACAUCAUAAAUAAUUUAAGAGAUUAUUAAGAGACAUUUGUAUAACAUUGAAUUAUUAUACAAAAGUUUCAUUUAUGUAAAAUGUCCAUGUUGCAUGUUGAAUAAAAUAUUUUGUAUCAAUA